AUGUUUAUAGCAGCUAUUGCAAGACCUCACAUUAAUGCUACAGAUGAAGUGUUGUGGGAUGGGAAAAUAGGAAUUUUUCCGUUUACAGAAACUCAUUAUGCAGUGAGGAGGUCAGAAAACAGACCAGUGGGUACAGCAACAUUACGAGCAAUAACAAGAGUUACACGCGACAUUCUACGAGACAAACUAAUCACUGAAGUGCUACCAGCUAUAAGAUCAAAAUGGCCAGCAAAUGGGGUGAAAGAUAUAUGGAUUCAACAAGAUAACGCCAAGCCACAUAUUUUAAUAAAUGAUCAUGCAUUCAAUGAAGAAGCAAAGAAAGACGGAUUUAAUAUAAGACUUGUUUGUCAACCAGCCUCUAGUCCAGAUAUGAACAUCUUGGACUUGGGAUUGUUUAGUGCUUUGCAAUCAAUUCAAUUCAAGUCAUUCCCCAAAGACCUCAAUGAUCUGAUAAAGGCAGUCAAUGAUGCAUAUGACACUUUUGAACCAAAGCUUUUAAACUACACUUGGAUUCAGUAUCAAUUGUGCAUGAUAGAGGUACUAAAAGCUAAAGGCGGUAAUAACUAUAAGAAUCCACACAUUGGAAAACAAAGACUGGACAGGCUGGGUAUGCUGCCCAGGCAAUUAGAAAUUCCACAAGAACUAAUUGAUGCAGCACGGCAAUUUUUAUCUCAUGGUAUAAUUAAUCUCAAUGAUCUUCCGCAAGAUGAUUGA